GCUUAAUCUAAUCCAAAAAUGUUAGGCAGCGUCAGCAGCAGCAGCAGCAGCAAACCUCCUCUGUCUCUGUUCUCUCUCUGACACUCCCUCCCCUUCUCUCUCUCUUCUCACUUCACCAAUGCAUAAAACCGAGCACCACCUCAACCUUUCCCACUAAAACUCCCCAACUCAAACAAACCAGCUCGACCCGACCCACCAAAAAUGCGGGCCUCUCUUGCCCCGAUCUUGGCCCUCCUCGCCCUCCUAACCUCCCCCUCUCUCCUCCCUUCCGCCGCCGCCGCCACCACCGCCGCCACUUUUCUGGCUCUCCACAGAGCCUUCCCGCUGACCCACCACCGCGUCCAACUCGACCGCCUCCGCGCGCGUGACCGAGCCCGCCACGGCCGCCUCCUCCAAAACGUCGUCGUCGGCGGCGUCGUCGACUUCUCAGUCGCCGGCUCCUCCGAUCCCUACCUCGUCGGGCUUUAUUUUACAAAAGUAAAAUUGGGCUCUCCACCAAAAGAGUACAAUGUGCAGAUCGAUACCGGAAGCGACAUCUUGUGGAUUACCUGCAAUUCCUGCAGUAAUUGCCCCCAGACUAGUGGACUUGGGAUUCAGCUCAAUUUAUAUGAUUCUGUCAGCUCCUCAACUGCGGGGCAGAUCUCCUGUUCAGAUCCAAUAUGCAGUUCUGCGGUUCAAACUUCAGCAACAGAGUGCUCUGAGAGUAACCAGUGCAGUUACACUUUCCAAUAUGGCGAUGGAAGUGGGACGUCUGGUGUCUAUGUAUCGGAUGCACUAUAUUUCGACAUGAUUCUGGGGCAGUCUUUUAUGGCCAACUCUUCAGCUGCCAUCGUUUUCGGGUGCAGUACCUAUCAGUCUGGGGAUUUGACCAAGACAGAUAAAGCGGUGGAUGGGAUAUUUGGGUUCGGCCAAGGGGCAUUGUCUGUUAUAUCCCAGUUGUCAUAUCGAGGGAUAACUCCCAAAGUAUUUUCCCAUUGUUUGAAGGGAGAUGGCAAUGGUGGGGGUAUACUUGUUCUUGGUGAGAUUUUGGAGCCAAGUAUUGUUUAUAGUCCCCUCGUUCCAUCACAGCCUCAUUAUAAUUUAAAUCUUCAGAGCAUUGCUGUCAAUGGGCAACUCUUACCAAUUGAUCCAAUAGCCUUCACCACAUCAAACAGCCGGGGAACUAUUGUUGACUCAGGCACAACUUUGACAUACCUUGUGGAGGAAGCUUAUGAUCCUUUUGUCAGUGCUAUAACAUCGGCUGUUUCACAAUCUGCAACUCCCCUCAUUUCAAAAGGAAACCAGUGUUAUCUAGUCUCCAACAGUUUGGCUGAGGUGUUUCCACCCGUUAGUCUAAACUUCGCAGCUGGUGCAUCGAUGGUGUUGAAACCAGAAGAGUACCUUGUACAUACGGGUUUCGUUGAAGGUGCUGCUAUGUGGUGCAUUGGCUUUCAGAAGGUUCAGGGAGGGGUGACAAUUUUAGGAGAUCUUGUUCUAAAAGAUAAGAUAUUUGUGUAUGAUUUGGCUCGCCAACGCGUUGGAUGGGCCAACUACGAUUGCUCAUUAUCCGUAAAUGUUUCAGUAACUACUAGCAAAGACGAAUUUAUCAAUGCAGGACAGCUGAGUAAGAGCAACUCAUCAAGAGACACGCUUUUCAAGCUGCUGACAACAGGGAUUAUGGUUGUCUUACUGCACGUAUUGGUGUUAGUGGACUUCCAUCUUCUGUAGUUUUAAACCUCAGAUUCUAAAUUGGAUUUUCUUUACAAUGCGCAUCAGCUUGGCUGAUCUUCAUUUAUAGUGGUCAGUGCCAGGGUCAAGGUGUAUAUCAUUCUGAUGUGCUUCUGAUUUGUGUGAAUGGGUGGGCAUCAUCUUUUCUUCUGACUUGAAGUUUUGCUUUGUUGCCAUUAUGCCAUAUGUGGUUCUCCAUCUUCAUCAAAUUGUGGCCAGUAGAAGCAGAGCAAGUCAAUUGUAGCUAUUGCAGGAUUUAGGUAGGGAUAUAGAAUUUCUGUUAGGGAAUCGAUAUCAGUUUUGUCUACUAGUUUACUUCAGGAUUCCAAAGUUCACUUUGUAAGGGAAUGUCAGAAUGUAUAGAGCUGAAAUGAACAGAUUGUUUGUAAUCAUACAAAUUAAGAUCAUAGCUGGCUGUCUCUGUGUCUUGAUAAUUUCUCGAGUAUUAUGAAGGAAAACUUGUUAUUUUUGGACCCCAGACUAACUUUUUUUGACCAAACUAGAAGCUUUCUCUAAUGAGAGAUAUGCAGUUCAAUGAGAAACACAGAAAGCUGAUCAGUGUUUGAAUGUCUAAA